AUGGCUUCAAGGCUACUGGAAACAGGAAGCACUCCAUUAAUUCGAAAUACUGCAGCUCAACAAUUAGCUGAUGUACAGAAAGCACACCCUGAAGAACUUUUCAAUUUAUUAACAAGAGUUGUACCAUAUCUUCGACAUAAAACCUGGGAUACACGAACAGCUGCCUCCAAAGCAUUAGCUGGAAUUGUUGAUAAUGCAGAAAAAUAUGAGCCAAAUAGUGAAGAUGAGUCAGCGAAAGAUGAAUCGAAGAAAGAGGAAUCUGGAAUCAAGAAGGAAGAAGCUAUAGAGCCAAUACCACUUGCCGAAGGACAGCUGAGCCUCGACACGCUCGAUAUCGUAUCCAUUCUCAAACACGGAAAGGAGCUUGUUCGUGGUGGAGAUAGAGGUCAUGAUUGGGCUCUUGCUUCUCUGGACCCGGCUCAACGUCUUGCCCAUCAAAAAAAGACGCUUGCUGGACGAAUCGGUCUUCUUGGUGUCUUUUCUGAAGAGGAACUCGAAUACGAACUUCCAGCUUCCAACCAGAAUGGAUCCAGUACUCCAUCGGCACGUGAGGACUCAAAUGGCUUCUCGCGACAAGAUAACAAUAAAGGUGCAUCUACGCCCUCGGAAGAAGCUGGACUCAGUGCGAGGCAAUUGAAUCAACUGAAGCGCAAACGAAAACGAGAAGCCAUGUCUGCUGGUAGCAAAAGCAGACUGGUAGAUCUUUCAGUACGACGUCAAAACACCGCAAGUGAGACAGAUACUUCCAUGCCAGAUGUCGCUGGUGAGGAUUCCAAGAACGCUAUGGCUGAUUACUUCUCAACGGAAAGAUCUAAUGACGUAGAUGAAGAUUCCAAAGUCGUGUCUGAAUUCAAGGGUCCAGUCAUGCCAAUAAAAUCUGAACUCGAAGCGGAAGGUGAACAAGAGGGACUAGAAUGGCCUUACGAGCGUCUGUGCGAGUUCCUUGUGGUCGAUUUGUUCGAUCCUCAGUGGGAAACUCGACAUGGUGCUGCAAUGGGUUUAAGGGAUAUUAUACGUGUCCAUGGGGCUGGUGCUGGGAGACAGCAAGGAAAGACUCGUGCCGAGAACAAUAUGUUGAAUCAACGCUGGCUUGAUGACCUUUCUUGUCGGCUCUGUUGCGUUUUCAUGUUGGAUCGUUUUGGCGACUACGUUUCAGAUACUGUUGUUGCACCUAUUCGAGAAACAGUCGGCCAAACCUUAGGUGCUUUACUCAUUCACCUCCCGCCGCCUGUCGUUUAUUCAGUUCAUCACAUAUUGUAUCGCCUCGUUAUGCAAAAUGACAUUGAACUUGACAAGCCAGGCUGGGCUAUUUGUCAUGGUGGUAUGAUAGGUCUCCGUUACUUGGUCGCAGUGCGAAAUGAUUUACUACUGGAAGACAGUGAUCUGAUCGAUGGAGUUAUUCGCGCCGUGAUGAAAGGGUUAGGUGAUUGGGAUGAUGAUGUUCGUUCUGUUAGUGCAGCAACUCUUAUUCCAAUUGCUAAGGAAUUUGUCAACUUGCGACCCGAAGCACUGGACGGCCUUAUCAACAUUGUUUGGGAAUGCCUCUCGAACCUUGGCGAUGAUUUGAGUGCCAGUACGGGACAGAUCAUGGAUUUGUUAGCAAAGCUUUGCAGCUUCCCAGAAGUAUUGGAAGCCAUGAAGAAGAACGCUUCUCGAGAUGCCGAACAGUCCUUUGGGCUCUUAGUACCGAGAUUAUAUCCAUUCCUUCGACACACCAUCACAUCUGUCCGCUCGGCAGUUCUUCGAGCCCUGUUGACAUUUGUAGGCAUUGAGGGCGAGGGGACUAGAGAUUGGAUGGAUGGGAAGAUUUUACGAUUGAUCUAUCAAAAUAUAUUGGUUGAGAGGAAUCCAGAUACCCUGAGCUUAUCACUCCAAGUCUGGAAGGCACUGGUAACUUUCCUUGCAAGUGAUCCAGGACAUCUAUCUGCAGAAUUUUCGGCGCAUAUUGAUCCUCUCAUGCAACUUACAUUACAUCCUAUCGGUGUGUCUCGACAUCCAUUACCCAUGAACGCCACCCUGUUCCAACGACCUUCGGGUAAUUCGUACUCCCUACCAAGUGGUCCCACAAGUCAUGCUCGUCCAAAUACACCAUCUGGUCCCGAGCCCCCAACGAAAAAACGUCGCAAGUCGACAAAGGUUGUUGAGCCUACACCAUCAUCAUCAUCACAUGACGUUGAUGGUCCAAUGAUGCAAGGUGAUGUGGACCUGGUAGGUAUGGAUAGUUUGAUCAGAUCUCGUGCCUCGGCCGCCAAAGCGAUGGGUCUGAUGAUGUCUCUCGUACCAGCGCCUGUCCUCAAAACAUACGAUGCCAGCAUUGUCCCAGGAUUGUGUUCAGCUUUCUCUUCUACCCAACUAACGGCAUCAAUCAUUAUCGAUGAAUACGCCAAGAAUUGUGGUUCGAAGACUCAUGCUUUACGUUUCGAAUCAUCUCUUACAAAGAUACUUGAAACGGAACGGCCUCUUACUUACCGAGAUUUGGUCAGCUACACACACCUCGUCCGAACUCAAUGUUCGCAGCUCCUAAAUACCUUCCGCGAUGUCGGAAAAGUCUCUCAAGGACGUCUGCCGGUACUUGCAGUUGUCGUAGCUGGUGAAGCUGAAGCUGGCCCAGAUGCUUUCUCGAUCGUGACUGCCGAUAAAUGUGUUUCCGAGGAUUUCGACCGCCUAAAGAAAAUCCUUUCUCCUGGCCAGCGUAUCAUUGCAACGCAAGCUCUUAGUGAGGCACGUGAAAAUGUGACAGAGGUCAUUAACAAUGCUAAGAGCAUCAAAGAGCAACGAGAUACUCGUAUCAAGGCCGCUGCUGCAAGUGCUUUGGUCGCGAUGAAGGUUUCACCCAAGAAGCCAUCUCAUAUCAUCAAGGCUAUGAUGGAUAGUGUCAAAAAAGAGGAAACCCUAGAAUUGCAACAACGAUCUGCAUACUCUAUCGCUCGACUCAUUGAAAUUUUCGCAGAAGGUGGUCGAACUGGACCAGCACAGAAGGUGGUGUCCAAUCUGGUCAAAUUCAUGUGCAUGGAAACGUCGGAGACACCCGAAUUCGCGCCAAAUGCUCCUCUCACAACUGCCAUUCUAUCUCUUCGAAAAGAAGAAGACCGUAAAGAUCAUCCAGAUGCUGCAAAAUUUGCACGAGAAGCCAAAGAAGCAAGAAUCACCCGACGUGGUGCUAAAGAAGCUUUGGAACAACUUUCUGGAAUAUUUGGACCCGACUUGUUGAACAAAGUUCCCACACUCAGGGCCCUCAUGGAACAACCACUACGACUUGCAUUCGGCGGUGCGCUCCCACGCGACUGCACUGACCCCUCACAGGCAUCUGGUCAAGAAGCUAUUGAUAGUAUGUCUGUAAUUCGAGCCUUGACACCUACUCUGGACAGAUCAUUAUAUCCUUUCGUCAUGGAAUUGCUUCCUCUUGUCGUUACAGCCCUUCACUCAGAACUUUCAGUCUUCCGUUACAUGGCAGCAAAAUGUCUUGCGACGGUUUGCAGUGUUAUCACUGUCGAAGCAAUGACUCUACUGGUGGAGAAGGUUCUACCUUCUAUCAGCAAUCCGCUCGACCUCAACUUUCGCCAAGGUGUAAUUGAAUCGAUUUACCAUCUGAUCGCCGUUAUGGGUGAUAAUAUUUUACCAUAUGUAAUCUUCCUUAUCGUUCCUGUUCUUGGACGAAUGAGUGAUUCAGAUACUGAUGUACGAGUACUCGCUACCACUUCCUUCGCCACACUGGUCAAACUUGUUCCUCUCGAGGCAGGUAUUCCAGAUCCGCCCGGGUUGUCACAAGAAUUAUUGCAGGGUCGAGAUCGUGAGCGUACUUUUAUUGGCCAACUCCUCGAUCCUCACAAAGUUGAAGAAUUCAAAAUUCCAGUUGCCAUCAAAGCGGAACUUCGAUCUUACCAACAAGAAGGUGUCAACUGGCUCAACUUUUUGAAUAAAUAUCAUCUUCAUGGAAUUCUCUGCGAUGAUAUGGGUCUCGGAAAGACAUUGCAGACAUUAUGUAUUGUCGCUAGUGAUCAUCACCUUCGAGCUGAGGAAUUCACAAAGUCGGGAGCCCCUGAUGCUAGACGGAUGCCAUCUCUCAUCAUCUGUCCUCCUACUCUUUCUGGUCACUGGCAACAAGAGAUUAAGGCAUAUGCUCCUUUCCUGACCUGUACAGCGUAUGUUGGACCUCCUGCCGACCGAGCUCGUUUCAGAGAACAAAUUGGCCAAACCGAUGUUGUCAUUACAUCUUACGAAAUCUGCCGCAACGAUAUCGAUGUUCUAUCGCCACUCAAUUGGAACUAUUGUGUCCUGGAUGAAGGUCAUUUAAUCAAGAAUCCUCGAGCAAAAACCACCAUCGCUGUCAAACGUCUACUAAGCAAUCAUCGACUUAUUCUAUCGGGAACGCCAAUCCAGAACAAUGUUCUAGAACUUUGGUCUCUUUUCGACUUUCUCAUGCCAGGUUUCCUUGGAGCCGAAAAGGUGUUCUUAGACCGUUUUGCAAAACCUAUUGCUGCCAGUCGUUUCAGUAAAUCUUCUUCGAAAGAACAAGAAGCUGGUGCUCUCGCCAUCGAAGCUCUCCAUAAACAAGUUCUACCCUUCCUCCUACGUCGUCUCAAAGAAGAGGUUUUGGACGACUUGCCACCCAAGAUCUUGCAAAACUACUACUGUGAUCUUAGUGAUCUACAAAAGAAACUUUUCGAGGACUUCACCAAGAAAGAAGGUAAGACGCUUGCUGAAAAAGCUUCAUCGGGUGACAAAGAAGCCAAACAGCACAUAUUCCAAGCUCUACAGUACAUGCGCAAACUUUGCAAUUCUCCUGCACUUGUCAUGAAAGAAGGUCACAAACAAUAUGAGGAUACCCAACGUCUUCUUGCCAAACAAGGAACUAGUCUUCGAGAUCCAGUCCACGCGCCAAAAUUAACAGCCUUGCGAGAUCUGUUGGUUGAUUGUGGUAUCGGUACCGAACCUUCUUCCGAGAAUGAAAUUACAACCGAAACAUCUUUCGUCUCUCCUCAUCGCGCUUUAAUCUUCUGUCAAAUGAAGGAAAUGUUAGACAUGGUUCAAAACGAUGUUCUCAAGAAGAUGCUGCCAUCAGUACAAUUUUUACGUAUGGAUGGAUCAGUCGAUGCCAAUAAACGUCAAGAUAUCGUCAACAAGUUCAAUUCCGAUCCUUCAUAUGAUGUCUUACUUCUCACGACUAGUGUUGGGGGUCUUGGACUUAAUUUGACUGGUGCCGAUACUGUUAUCUUUGUGGAGCAUGAUUGGAAUCCUCAAAAGGAUCUACAGGCUAUGGACAGAGCUCAUAGAAUUGGUCAAAAGAAGGUAGUGAAUGUUUAUCGAUUGAUUACUAGGGGGACUUUGGAAGAAAAGAUCUUGAGUCUUCAAAGAUUCAAAAUCGACGUAGCAUCCACAGUAGUCAAUCAACAAAACGCAGGCCUAGGCACAAUGGAAACAGAUCAAAUCCUCGAUCUCUUUAAUCUAGGCGAUACAUCAGAGGUACCACUCGCAGCAGAUAGUAGCGUACAAGCAGAAAGGGAAGAAGAUAUGGUAGAUGCAACCGGAGAGGUGAGAGAGAAGGGGAAGAAGGGUUGGUUGGAUGAUCUAGGAGAAUUGUGGGAUGGGAAGGAGUAUGAGGAAAGUUUUGAUCUAGAGGGUUUCUUGAAGACUAUGAAAUAG